AUGGGAAAUGCGGUCGGGGACCUUCAAACCAUCCAGCCCGUUCGGAAGAAGGGGCGGGCGUCCAGCAUGGUCCUGGUGGUCGGCCACAUUCGCAAGGCAGACAAGACUUCGCCGGAGCAGGUCGCCGAGCGACGGGUGGAAGUUUGGGUGCAGGCUGAGAAGGAUGCCACCAUUGGCUGGGUGUUGAGCCGCGUCAUCGAGGAGCUUGCACGAAAGGAGCCUGACGCCCCUUCCAUCGUGGGGCUCCGCGUGGUCAAGGGCGGCGCCAAGUUGGAUGGGGACUCCACCCUGCGGGGCGGCUCCCAGCCCAGGAAGUCGCGCCUCGACGCUUCACCUGCAGUGGCGGCUGCCGGAAAGAACUGCGGGUACGGCGGUUUUCCGGGCACUUCUUCCAGCUCGAAGCCGCCGGAGGACGAGUACGUCUCUUUGGAGGAGGAGCUGCUGGUGGAUUAUGGGCGCGGAGUGCUCGAGAUCCUCGAUGACGGAGACUGCUUGGAGGUGAUCUUCGAGGUGCAGUCGCCUUCCCGGGUGGCAAAGGAGACCAUCCAGGAAGCAGGCGUCUCAGUGGGCGACUUCCAGGCCGGCGAGUCGUUCCGGGCGAACCUUUGA